UGUUGUAUUUCUGGGAAGGGUUGUUUCCACGUAUGUAGUGUGUCUAUUCGUUCGUUCGUUGACGUGGCAGCGUCUCGGUGAUGCCAGUGGGGCAGGCCUGAGCCAGUCCUGCCGCUCCACACCCCGUGGAUAGGUCACCCUGCUACCGUGCUGCUCGUAGGCAAGGUGACGGUGACUUUGUCUCUUGUGCGUUUGGAUGUGGUGGAGCAAGGUGCCCACGGUGUGGAGCCGGUGCAAGGGCUCAGGACUGCUUUGGGCUCCCCAGGACCAGUAGUGUUACGCUGCAUGGUAACACUCCGGGUGGUGACGAGUGCAGAUUUGAGGCGGCAGUCCAGCACGGCUUAGGACGAGAGUGCUAUAGGGCCACCGAAGUUGAAAUUAAACAUUUGAAAACGCUCAACCCGGCUAUUCUCGUCCUACAUUUCAACUUCGACCUUCACGAUGACUGAUGACGAGACCACCCUACGGAGAGUGCGAGGGGCAGCCAAGACCAAGUUCACCCGUAAGGUCAAACUGUUCCACGAACGACUGAAGCAAGGUGAUCCACCGGACGUCUUGGAAUCUGUCUAUGAUGAAAUAGUGAACCAGGUCCAUGAACUAGAGGUGAGAGGUGAAGAUUUAAUUGCUCAUCUAGAAAAGUGUGAAGGAAAACAAUCUGAAAUUGAUGAGGCAAAUAUUUACUUGGUGGAGUGUGAUAACACUCGUUGUGAAGCCCUUCGCUUAUCAGAUGUAAAGAGGAAGGUGAAGAGUAGUGAUCCGACUAGUGCAAAUACUGCCAGUCUUAAGGUAGAAGCUUUGAAGGCCCCUAAGUUCAAUGGUGAUAUUAGAAUAUAUCCAACUUUCAAAGACGACUUUGUUAAUGUAAUUGUGACAAAGUAUGGACAAGAUCCCUUUGUAUUAAGACAGUGUCUUGGUGAGAGACCACUCAAGGUAAUAACUGGUUAUGAGAAAGACUUUGAUGAAAUGAUGAGAAUAUUGGAUAAGGAGUAUGGAGACCCAAGGAAAUUGGUUGAUAUUGUGAUCAAUAAUCUGAAAUCAUUAGAAAGGUUGACUGAGAGAGAUGUUAGAGGUUUUGUCGACAUGGUGACUGUUGUUGAGAGGUGCUGGACUAGAAGGGGAGAUGAAUUCUGAGUAUUGUCAGUAUGAUUGAAAAGCUUCUUCCUAGGAUUCAAAAGCGGGAAUGGAUAUUAUUAGCGGAUAAGGCUACUGAUAAAUCAAAUUGUUCCCCGAGAUAUUGAAAUUUUUACAGUGUGAAAAGAGAGUAAUAGGUUACUCUGAAUCUUCCGUCAGGAAUAACCAGGUAGGGAGUGCUUCUCCUUGCAAUGUAGUGAGAACAGAUAAAACAGAAGAGUCAAAAUUGCUUGAGAUAGUCAGAGGCAUGCAGGAGGAUCAGAAGAACACCAAUAGGAUACUAGAAGAGAUGAAGCAUUGAUUUGUUAACAACGCAUCACGUACCGACAAAGGAAGUAGCAGAUGUUGGGUUCAUGAAUUUGACGGACAUGUUAUUAAUGAAUGUGGCAAAUUUAGGUCACUGAACAGUGUUGAGAGGUUGGAAAUUAGCAAAAGAAAGGGUGUUUGUUUUCGGUGCCUUAGUGAAAAACACCUGUCUCGUCAUUGUAAAUCGGAUGUGCGUUGUGAUAAGAGGGAUGAUGAAGGUAACGUUUGCGGCAUGCGGCAUCACCCUUUACUGCAUGGAUCAUUUGUUAGCAACAUUUCGGUUAGUUCUGGAAAUUGUACCGGAAAUAAGGCUAUGUUAGCUAUAAGUACUGUGUACAGUGCGGGACAACCCAUCACAGUGCUCUGGGAUUGUGGAUCCGAUAUCACCAUGGUAACACACAGUAUGGCCAAGAAGUUGGGUGUUAGAGGGGCUGAUGUCAUGAUGUCAAUAGUAAAGGUGGGGAAUGUGACCGAAAAGUGAGUGAGCAAGGAGUAUAGUUUGUGCAUACAAGACCAUUCUGGCAAAAAAAUAUGACUUAAAGGCUGUAGGGAUGGACGCAAUAUUUGCUAAUGCUCCCGCUGUGGAUGUGUCUAACGUUCCCCUCAUAUUCUCUGACAUCGAUGUGGGUGCCCUCGUCAGACCAAGUGGACAGAUUGAUAUGUUGGUUGGCUCAGAUUAUUGUGGAUUGUUACCGCAAGUAGUCGAAACGAAGGGAAAAUUGCAGCUAUUGAGGAACAACUUUGGGUAUUGUCUGAGGGGAGGACAUCCAUUAAUAUCAACCAAAGUUAAUGAAGUAGGUCACUUAACAGCUGUUGUGAAUAAGGCUGUCGUGAACUUGGAACACAGCGUGGUGGUUGUUGAAAAGGGUGAGAAUCUUGAGGAAAGUCUCGACAAAUUCUUCAGCUUAGAUACUGUUGGAACAAAAUGUACACCUAAAUGUGUCAGAUGUUUAUGUAAAGGAUGUCCUGCUAAUGGAAGGUAUACCAUGGAGGAAGAACGUGAGCUUGACCUUACUGAGAAAGGUUUGAGUUAUGAUGAGAAGGGCAAGAGAUGGGUUGCUGUUUAUCCUUGGAUUAGGGACCCCUACAAGUUAUCAAACAAUAUCAAGGCUGCUAUGACUCGACUUAGGUCGACAGAGAGGAGGUUACACAGGUUAGGUGAAGAAUAUGCAAGGAUUUAUCAUCAGGAAAUUGAGGACAUGCAAAAGAGAGGGGUGGCUGGAAAAUUGACGGAGCAUGACCUUGAAAGGUAUGAUGGCCCCACACACUAUAUUCCCCGUCACGAAAUUUUGAAGCCAGAGUCAGGUUCCACCCCCCCUGAGAAUUGUUUUUGAUUCAUCCGCCCAGUAUUGCGGACACAGAUUGAAUGAGUAUUGGGCUAAGGGGCCAAACAUGUUGAGCAGCAUCAUUGGCGUAUUACUGAGGUUGAGGGAGGAGAUUGUGGGUAUUGUGGGCGAUAUUAGUAAAAUGUACCAUUCAGUAGGAAUGAGUGAGUUUGAUCAGCAUGUUCAUAGAUUCCUUUGGAGAGGCAUGAAUACUU